CCACACCAUACACAGAAUGACUUGGGAACGAGAGUAAAUUUGCGCACGCGCAUAGUCCGAUCAUCACCACGUGGACAGUCUUGUCGUUAGACUUUCUUGUUGAAUGACUUCAACUCAAAAUGUCACACGUGCACCCUGUGCUUUUCGUUUCCGAGUCGCAACUGGUUUUUGGUGGACGUCAAUCAAACACUUUCGACGGACUCACGGGCUAGCAAAUAUGGCGGACGGAUGUUUCUCUAACUCAUUUUACAACUAGAUCUAAGGAAAAAUGGUUAAAUCAUUUGAUAAUGCCCUUAGGUGGAGAGUAAUUUUCCUCAGGGAGAAAGGUUUCACCUUCGAUGAAAUUGCAGAGACACUGAGCGUCAGCAAGCGGUUUGUUUAUAAGAUCACUCGUUUGUAUAGAAAUACUCGUGGUGUAAACGAUGCAAGAAAACGGAAGUCGAAGGCUCGCCUCAUAAAUGCUAACGAUUUACUGCUAAUCAGGCGCCUUAUUGAUGAGUACCCGGGACUUUACCUAGAUGAAAUACAAACUUGGCUUGAGCAUUUUACAGGCUGCACAUUCUUUGUUCCUUCCCUUGAUAGAUGUUUGAAGAGGAUGGGGUUGUCAGUGCAAAAGAUGCACAUCGUUGCUCGCCAAAGAAACGAGUUCGAACGUGCCACCUACCGAAGAUUUAUUUCGCAAUUCAAACCAAAUCAGCUACUCUUCAUUGACGAGUCAUCGAAGGAUGAAAGAAAAAUCCAGAGGAAGUUUGGUCGUGAACUGCGUGGAAAGCGUCUAUCUCAUGUGGGAAAUUUCAUAUGUGGUACACGUUUCAGUGUUCUUGCUGCUGUGUCUAUGGAUGGCAUAAAGGGUGCACAUGCUAUUGAAGGAGCGUAUGACACUGCAGGCUUUGAAUUUGCAAUGGAAACAUUUGUGGCUCCAUCAAUUGGUUCAUGUGCAAAUGGAGAAGAUUGUUCUGUGACCAUAUUCACCAGAUUUGAACCCAAUAGAAGGAUGCUUUGGUACUGCAAAGAAAUGGAUGCUCAGGCACAGGCAUAUGGCAGAAAGAUACCCCAAAAGAUGUUUUGAAAUGGCACUGUUUAAUCUUUCCUCCGAAGUUUGCAAAAACUAGGUCCUUGACUGUGGAUACGUUUAGCGUGCAUAGAACUCAACAAGAAAUGUAAACUACCCUUUUAUAAUAUGUAUAAUAGGUUAAAAUGUAAGCAGUAUUGGCAGAUCCAAACAUUAACAUUUACAGUACUUGUAGAUGACCUCAAAUGUAAAGUAAAUCACACAAGCAUGUACAGUGA